UCUGAAUGAAGGGUAGAGGGUGUGCCGUCCAACGUUCAUGUUCGGUUUUGGCAACCAUGGAUCCUCCAAUUUAGGCCAUUUAUCCCGAUGUAAGGGUAUAUCGAGUUCAGAUUAAGACGCAUAGAAGCAGCCAAUCAGCCGCGCGGCCUUCGGCACUUCACAAUCACGGUAAAGUAGCCACAUCAUGGAAUACGCGCUGGUAAAUACACACGCAGCUUUUGCUGCUAUGUAUAGCUUCACAACGUACGCGACUGCGGUUUUUGUCGCAGGUUGAUGGAACAAGACCUGAUCUGAGCAAUAGCAUAGCACUGCGAGGCGAACCUUGACAAUCGCAAUCUAAAGAGCAUCGUAAAACAAUAUGGAUCUGAGAGGCACCAUGGAGCAGUAACAGUUACAUAGAAUGAAGAGGCUCAAUGAUACAAACCAAGACUUCACAGCCUUGCCAUUCAUCAGUCACUUCUGCGAUUGAUCAAGACCAGCAAUAAGUUACCAGAAUGCGCACCUCCGUCUUGAUCAGUGCUCUGGCAGCGCUGGUGUUAGCAGUUCCAUAUCCUCAAGCUACAGACAUCUCGAUCGCUCCAGGAGCAACUCUCAUUUCACUCUCAGCAAUUCUACCGAUAUCGACUACUGCCACACCAGUCUCCACUUCGCUGAACAUCCCAGUCACAGCUUUACCAACGAGUGACCCCAAUUCAGACGACGACGACGACGACGACAACGAAGACCCAGAGUUGAGUUCGUCAAAGAGGAAACCUCAUUGGGAGCCAAUUCCAAUCUUCACAAAACGAUGUCAGUGUCAGUUGGCGACAGCUAGGUACCCAUGCUGGGCUACCGAUGCACUACAGAGCUGCCAUUUCGAGGAGAACUUCUCGUACGGCUGUUACAUGCAAGCCGCGGGUGGAUGUCCAACACCAACACGCAUUUGCAGCAACCUCUUCCAACCUACGCCUCGUCCUGGACCUCAUCCAUGUGAAUUAGGCCCCAACCCACCAGUCGUGACAAGCUUUCCCAACCUCACCGGUUCGCCAACUGCCAACGUCACUCUACCAGUCAUACCAACUGCGAAUGUGACAUUGCCUACGGUCUUUUUGCAGAAGAAGUAGAAGGGAUUUGUGUAGGACGAGGCGGGGGAAACUUUACAUGCUGGAGGAGAAG